AUGGCGGCGGGGGCGGGGCCUAGCAGAGGAGGCGGAAGCGGGCUGCCCCGGUGCGUCCCAGGACCCGGGCAGCGGCGCAUCCUGGACCGGGCGACCCGGCAGCGCCGCCUGAACCGCCAGCUGGAGGCGCUGGAGACCGACAACUUCCAGGACGACCCCCACGCCAACCUGCCCCAGCUGGUGAAGCGCCUGCCCCAGUUCGACGACGACGCCGAGACGGGGAAGAAGAAAAAGAAGACCCGGGGGGAUCACUUCAAACUGCGCUUCCGGAAAAACUUCCAGGCGCUGCUGGAGGAGCAGAACCUGAGCACCAGCGAGGGCCCCAACUACCUGACGGCCUGUGCGGCCCCCUCCAGCCUCCCCCAGCGCCACUUCUGCGCCGUCUGCGGCCUCCCCUCCCACUACACCUGCGUGAGCUGCGGAGCCCGGUACUGCUGCGUGCGGUGCCUGGGCACCCACCAGGAGACCCGGUGAGCCCCCCGCUGCCCC